AUGUUCCACAUAAGCAUCUGCUUCAUUACCGUCAUUGCAAUCUGCCUGUACAGGUCAUUCAAAAAUGCUGGCCGCUAUCCUCGGCCGCCGGGCCCAAAAGGUCUCCCUUUAGUCGGAAACAUGUACGAUUUACCUAAACCGGGUGAGAUAGAGGCUCACCACUGGGCAAAGCAUAAAGAUCUAUACGGACCAAUCAGCUCGGUUACGGUAAUGGGUCAGACCAUGGUAAUUAUCAACGACGCUCAAAUUGCGAUAGACAUUUUAGAGAAGCGGUCCAUGAAGUACUCAACGCGGCCACGACGGGUUUUUGCUGGCGAAAUGUUAGGUUGGGAGCACAGCCUCGGACUAUUGCCACACGAUAAUCGUUUUCGAAACACUCGCAAGGUUAUGGGCCGUGAAAUUGGCUCCCAGUCGACGGCAGCAAACUACGACAAGUCUCAAGAGAUUGAGGCUGCACACUUCCUGCUACGGCUCCUAGAUGACCCUGCAGGCAUCAUGGAUCACAUAAAAAAGUCGAGCGCAGGCUCAUUAGCAUUAAGAAUUCUGUAUGGAUAUAUUGCAGAGCCGUUCACAGAUGAUCCUCUCAUUGACCUAGUCGAAAAAGCCAUGGACAUCUUUGCGCACGCCACUGUCCCAGGGGCAUUUGUUGUGGACUUAAUUCCAUUUCUUAAAUUUGUGCCCGAAUGGGUUCCAGGAAUGGGCUUUAAGAAACUCGCAAAGAAAUGGCGUCCGCUAAUGACAGAUAUGAAUAUAAAGCCUUAUGCCUUCGUCAAACAUCAAAUAAACCAAGGAGCUGACGAAACUUCGUUCACUGCAAGACUGAUAAAGGCAGGAGAAACCAGUCCAGAUGUGAUCUCGAUAAACCAAUGGUCUGCUUCGGCACUGUUUGGAGGAGCUGGAGAUACGAUUGUUGGGUCUAUGCAGUGUUUCUUCUUGGCUAUGGGCAUGUUUCCAGAGGUUCAGCAAAAGGCUCAAGAAGAAAUUGAUCUCCAGAUUGGCCAUCAUCGGCUGCCUACGGUAUCUGAUCGUGCGAAGUUGCCAUACAUUGAGGCAUUAGUGCGAGAGGUUUUGAGGUGGCAUCCUAUAUCGCCAAUCCCCCUUGCGCAUGUAAGUGAAGAGGAUGAUUUGUAUCAAGGAUACUUCAUCCCCAAAGGCUCCAUGAUGUUGGCAAACGUUUGGCAAUUUACGCAUAACCCAGAUGUCUAUAGUGAUCCUGAGGCUUUCAAGCCGGAGCGAUAUCUUCCUGACGAUGUCCACAGGCCGGAACCAGACCCGCGCAAAUAUGUGUUUGGUUUUGGACGCCGGGUUUGUCCGGGACGUAUCUUGGGCGAGAACGCACUGUACAUCAAUAUUGCACAGACUCUCGCCGUGUUUAAAAUUAGCACAAAAGAUGAUACUACAUACCGCUUCACUCCGGGGACCAUAAGCCGGCCUGAGCCAUUUGAGUGUAUCGUCAAACCACGAUCCCCUCAACAUGAAAGCCUAAUUCGAUCAAUGGAAAAAGAUUAUCCUUGGGAAGAGGGCCAUGGAAAAGUCUUGGAAAAUGUCACUUACUAG